UGGCGUCUGUCCGCAGUCGUCAUUGACGUUUGUCCCGUGUAGAGUGGUGAUUUUCAGUGAAUGGUGAAUCAUAAGGUGUUACCUGUGUAGUCACAGUGUGUAUAAAGUUCAGUAAAAAUGGCGGAGCCAACUGAACCGCCGAUUAAAGAUGUCAAACGGCCAGAGGAUGUAGUUAAAGUGGCCAUGGCGGAUAACUUGAAGUUUGCCGUGUUGAUCGGGCUUAUUGAAGUCGGACAGGUUUCCAACAAGGAGGUUGUCAACACAGUCCUACAACUGAUUGUCGCGCGGUCUCUUCCGCCGCAGAGCUCGGCGGGACCUGCCGUCAAGCUCGUGGGCGGAGAGUUCGACAUGGAGCUGAACUUCGUGAUUCAAGAUGCCCACAACCUCCGCCACAUGCUGGAGUUGCUGGAUCACUGCCCGCCGCCGCUGCAGGCUGAAAUCUGGUCCGUGUUCAUCGCCAUCUUGAGGAAGAGUGUGCGAAACCUUCAGGCGUGCACAGACGUGGGUCUCAUAACUCACGUACUCCAGCGACUCCCACAAGCUGACAAUGUUGUAGCAGAUUUGCUGAUCGAGGUGCUGGGCGUGCUGGCCAGCUACUCCAUAACUGUGAAGGAACUCAAAAGCCUCUUCGGUUCCAUGAAGGCCGAACGAGGACGCUGGCCGCGCCACUCCGCCAAGCUCCUGGGGGUCCUCCGGCAGAUGCCCAACCGGUCUGGCCCAGACGUCUUCUUCUCAUUCCCCGGCAAGAAGGGCUCGGCGCUGGUGCUGCCCCCCUUGGCCCGGUGGCCCUACGAGGCCGGCUGGACCUUCACCACGUGGUUCCGCCUCGACCCCAUCAACUCCGUCAACAUCGAGAGGGAGAAGCCCUAUCUUUACUGCUUCAAGACGAGCAAGGGUGUGGGGUACUCGGCACACUUCGUGGGCAACUGCCUGGUGCUCACGUCACUCAAGAUCAAGGGCAAAGGGUACCAGCACUGCAUCAAGUAUGAGUUCCAGCCCAGAAAGUGGUACAUGGUGGCAGUUGUCUACAUUUACAACAGAUGGAGCAAAAGCGAGAUCAAGGUCUUCGUCAACGGCCAACUCGCCUCCGCUACUGAGAUGACCUGGCUUGUCUCUACCAAUGACACAUGGGACAAGUGCUACAUCGGCGCCACGCCCGAACUCGACGAAGAGCGGGUGUUCUGCGGCCAAAUGAGCGCCGUUUACCUGUUUGCCGAGGCACUCACCGCCCACCAGGUGUGCGCCAUGCAUCGACUAGGACCGGGAUACAAAAGUCAGUUCCGGUUCGACAAUGAGAGUUAUCUUCAGCUGCCGGAGAACCACAGACGGGUGUUGUAUGAUGGCAAAUUGGCAUCAGCACUUGUCUUCAUGUACAACCCAGUAGCAACAGAUUCCCAGCUGUGUCUUCAGUCUGCUCCGAAGGGAAACCCGUCCUACUUUGUUCACAAUCCCCACGCUCUCAUGCUGCAGGAUGUGAAGGCAGUGGUAACACACAGUAUCCACAGUACCCUAAACAGCAUGGGUGGGAUCCAGGUAUUGUUUCCCCUCUUUCAGCAGCUUGACUUGCCACAUGACACCCCACCAGCCAUCAAUGAUUAUUAUAACACCAACAAAGAUCCUUCACUUGGUUCAACAUUAGUGGGAUUCAUUUGUGAGAUGGUUGAGAGCUGCAACACUGUCCAGCAACACAUGGUACAGAACCGUGGCUUUCUAGUAAUCUCCCACCUCUUACACCGCGCCUCCCGCCACCACGUGACCAUGGAGGUCCUCACUGCCUUCCUAAAGCUCACAAAGUUCCUUGUCACGUGUCCAAAUUCUAACUCUGAUUUACUGCUAAAACAGCUUCUAGACCAUAUCCUCUUCAACCCAUCCUUGUGGAUUUAUUCCCCGGUGGCAGUUCAAAUGCGCUUGUAUACCUACUUGGCCACAGAGUUCCUCUCAGACACACAGAUCUAUGGCUCUGUGCGUAGAGUGUCAACAGUCUUGCAAACUAUGCACACACUGAAGUACUACUAUUGGGUUGUCAAUCCAAGAGACAAGAGUGGAAUAAAUCCCAAAGGCCUUGAUGGUCCUCGGCCAAGUGAAAAAGAUGUAGUGAGCCUGCGUGCAUACAUGCUGCUGUUCCUAAAGCAGCUGAUCAUGAUUGGAAAUGGUGUGAAGGAAGAUGAGUUGCAAGCAAUUCUCAACUUUCUGUCAACAAUGCAUGAGGAUGAAAACCUCCAUGAUGUUCUCCAGAUGCUCAUGUCCCUCAUGUCAGAACACCCAUCUUCCAUGGUUCCAGCCUUCGACGCUAAGCAUGGAGUUCGUACAGUUUUCAAACUCCUUGCUUCAGAGAGCCAGUUGAUCCGGCUUCAGGCUCUCAAGCUGCUUGGCUACUUCCUCUCCAGAUCCACUCACAAGCGCAAGUACGAUGUCAUGAACCCCCACAACCUGUACACACUUCUUGCCGAGAGACUACUGGUGCAUGAGGAAACGCUCACCUUACCAACCUACAAUUGUCUUUAUGAGAUUCUAACUGAGCACAUCAGUCAGCAAGUCAUGUAUUGCAAGCAUCCAGAACCAGAAUCACACUACCGUCUAGAAAACCCAAUGAUCCUGAAAGUUUGUGCAACUUUGAUUCGCCAAAGCAAACCCUCUGAUUCAUUAAUGGAGGUGAAGAAACUGUUUUUGUCAGAUAUGACAUUACUCUGUAAUAACAAUAGAGACAACAGGAGAACAGUGUUACAGAUGUCAGUAUGGCAGGAAUGGCUCAUUGCACUGGCAUACAUCCACCCUAGAACAACAGAGGAACAGAAGAUCAGUGACAUGGUCUACUCCCUGUUCCGCAUGCUGCUCCACCAUGCCAUCAAGUUUGAGUAUGGGGGCUGGAGGGUUUGGGUUGACACGCUGGCCAUUGUUCAUUCUAAGGUAUCAUAUGAAGAAUUCAAACUCCAGUUCGCUCAGAUGUAUGAACAGUAUGAGAGGCAUCGGUCAGAUAACAUCACUGACCCAGCUAUCCGGCAACAGAGGCCAAUCUCUACCAUCUCAGGCUGGGAUCAGGCAGCAAGCAGACAGUACUAUGUAAACACAGAUGUGUACCCCAAUGGCAGUGGAUCAGAGAUUGUAGGAGAAAAAAUGCCAGCUGUUGAAAAUGGGAAAGUUUCCAGCACACCUGAACCAGUUCAAGAACUUCCCAAAGAUAUAGAAACUGACUUAGCUUUAAAGGAGAGAAGUCAGGGCAUCAAGAUAACAGAGGAAAAGGAGCAGCUUCACCAGCAGCAUCCUGAGAAACCUUUGGAAGAAGCAGAGCCCAAAGAGGACAAGAGUCUAGGCUACAGUUUGGGUAGUGUUAGUGGAGGUAAUGCACUAAAGGCAGAAGACAAGGGUGAACCUUCUCAUAGUGCCAUAGAACGGACUUUAGAGACCACCUCCUCAUCAGAUCUAAAACCUUUAGAAACCAAUCCAACAACUGUGCAAAUCCAAGGAGAAGUUAGUAUAUCUGAUCCAGAUGAUUUUAGGUGUAAUGAAAUGCUCAACACUAGCAGUGUAGAGGUAGAUACCCUGGAUAACAGACAUUUGGAUAAUAAAACCAUAGAGGAGUGUGGGGAGAAGAGUGAAAAGAAAGUAGCAGAGGAGGAGAAGGAUAAAACAACGAAAGAAAAGGAGGGCAUGAAAAUUGAAGAUGUUGCCAGAAAGAUCCUGAUACACCAAAGAAAGGUGAAGGAAGCACAGCAGAUGAGGAAAGCAAGUCAGAUGAAGAAGAGAAGAAAGAUGAAGACAAGCAAGAAGGAUCAGAUACAGAAAAUGUGGAAACCAAGGCUACAGUCAUUCCACCAGUGGAGAAGCCGGAUAAAGAAGAAACAUCCGACACCACAUCUGAUGAGAAGCCCCAAAAGUAGUGAAGAGAGCACUGCAGAUGUAAAAGGAGAGGAGACACAAAGAGAAAAAACUCCUGAUACCUCUGAUGGAACUGAGGUAGUUGAAACCAAGGAAAAAGUUGAGGAUGAACAGAAAGAAAAACCUAGUGAAGAGGAGAAAGAAGGAACAAAGGAGGAAACUGACAAGGUGAAAGAAAAUGAAGAAGGAGGAAGUGCCGAAGAGAAUGAAAGUUCAGAAAUUCCCGAAGUAGCACUUCCAGCACCUCCUCAGCAACCGAUGAUUGCAACUAUCUCAGGAAGCUUACAUGAGAAAGAUAAAUGUGAGAAAGAGAGGGGAGUGAAGGAAACUGAUGAAGAAGGUGAAGUGGUUGAUGUUAUUGGCAAAAGUUCAGAAGCAAAGGAGGAAACUGCAGAAAAGGAUUCAAAUCAGGCUCCUGUAAAUGAUGUUCAGGAAGUCUCAUCAGUGGAUAAUACUAAGCAGAUAAAUACUGAAGAAAAAACAAAGGAAACACUGAGUGACAACAAAAGCAUAGCCCCUGAACUAAAGGCUUCUGAAAGACAAAAUGAUAGCAUAGAGGGACAGCCGCCUUUAGUUAGUAAUAAAGAUACUGAUGUAGAAGAAACACCAGUGUCAGAUGUUCCACCAGACACAUCAAAAAUAGAAAUAUCUGCCUCUGAAGGUUUAUUAACCCUACCUUCUAAAGCCUGUGAUAAUGUACAAACCACUGCUAAUUCUGCCUCUUCCCCUGCAGCUUCUAGUCCUGUUAGUAGUGCUGUUACAACUCCCAAAAAAGACUUGUUGACUCAAAGUACCAGUCAGACUUUAGCUGAAGACAAACAAGAGCAGACCAAGAUUGAAGUACAAUUGACAAAUAAAGAAGUACAAGAUUCCACUGUGGAAGAUUUGCAAUCAAGCAUGGAAGAGGUUCUCUGUUCCCCAAGUAAAAAUGGUAAUUGUGAACCUGCAUCAUCAGAUAUAGAGGUUCAGGAUUCACCCAUUACAAUGGUUCAUAGUUCCUCAUGUACAGAGACUGAAGGUACUCCCAAAAAGGACAUGUCAGUUAUACCAGGCACAAACAAAAGCACAGAAAAACAGGGACAACUUGAUCAUACCACAGAAAGAACCUAUCCAGAGACUGUGGAAGGGGUGCCCAAUGCUCUUGUUCCUGAAGAGCAACCAUCCCAGGUGGCUACUCCAGCUUCAAGUUCCAGACACAGGCCCAGGGAUAAAGAAUCCCAGACAGAGGAAACUGGAGAUGAUGAUAUAGAUAGAUUAGAGGCAGAAGAUAUCCUUCAGGUACAGGUUGAAGCUGGCGAAAAUGCACUUCCUCCUGUAGAGGAUGACAAAGAGGUGGAAGCCAAGAUGGUGGAAGAAAACUCCAUUGUAAAAAGCAGUGAAGUGGAAAGAUUAUCAAAAGACCAAGUUGAUCUUGGUUUGAAAAGACAUGGAAUUUCAUUGACAAGUCAAGCAAAUGCAGAUAAGGAAAAGGACAGACAGAGUGAAUCAGAACGCAAGUCAGCAUCAGUCUCCCGAAGUUCCUCUAUUGGUUCUUCACAGUCCCAUUCUCGCCAGAUAUUCUCCUCAGGACCUACACGGCCACCUUUCAGAAUUCCAGAGUUCAGGUGGUCAUACAUUCACCAGAGACUUUUAUCAGAUGUGUUAUUCUCCUUAGAAACUGAUAUGCAAGUGUGGAGAAGCCAUUCCACAAAGAGUGUACUGGACUUUGUAAACAACAGUGAAAAUGCCAUCUUUGUGGUUAACACAGUUCACCUCAUAUCUCAGCUGGCAGACAAUCUCAUUAUUGCUUGUGGUGGCCUCUUGCCAUUAUUAGCAUCAGCUACCUCACCUAAUAAUGAGUUGGAUGUGUUGGAGCCAACACAAGGGAUGGGAGUAGAAGUGGCUGUGUCCUUUUUGCAUCGAUUAGUUAACAUGGCAGAUGUCCUUGUGUUUGCUUCAUCACUCAACUUCUCGGAACUGGAAGCAGAGAAAAACAUGUCAAGUGGAGGCAUUCUCAGACAGUGUUUACGACUGGUUUGCACAGUUGCUGUGAGAAAUUGUCUGGAGUGUCGCGAAAGGACACGCCUUCAGGAUGCUAAUGGGGCAAGUGGCAAUGGCAUCAAACCUGUUAGUAAAUCAAGACACAUUCACUCUCUUAUAAGGGGAGCUCAGGCAUCUCCGAAGAACAUAGUUGAGAACCUGGGUACACAGAACAGUCCAGUUAGAGACCCAGAGAAACUUCUCCAGGAUAUGGAUGUCAACAGACUCAGGGCUGUUAUAUAUCGUGAUGUGGAGGAAACCAAGCAAGCACAGUUCCUGUCAUUAGCCAUUGUUUACUUUAUCUCGGUGCUGAUGGUAUCAAAGUAUAGGGACAUCCUGGAACCUCCCACCAAUGCUCCCUCCUCUCCUCCCCCACCUCCCCAGACAGCUCACACCAAUGGGGCAUUCACACAACACCAUUUCUCAGGUACUGAGCGCACAGGAGAAGUUGAUGAGGAUGGUGAAUAUGAGGUUAUUGUUGUAGAUCAACAUAAUUCCUCCAUUCUGGCAUCAGACCCCUGUUCCACUGCCUCCUCAGGACCCCCAUCUCUUAAGUCUAACCACACUCUAGGAACUGGUCCUGUUCCUAAGUAUGGUUGUAAUGCGUAUGGGGCUAAGGUUACCAAACCUGUAGCUCGCAACAACAUGAUAAACCCCAAGGGCUCUGAAGUUGGUGAAGCUGGAAGUGAUGUUGGAUCAGCAGCUGUCAGCCUUAAUGAGGAACAGAAUGCACAGCCGACUGAUGAUGCUUGGACUGAUGUCAACCUCAAUGAUGGAACACCUGAGGAAGUUGAAACCAAAUCCCAGAAAUCUGUGUAUGGUGUAGGAGAGACAAGUGAGGUGACACAGCAGCAGCAGCUUUCUACCCAGCAGCAAGUAGUACCACCCCAGAUGCCACCACCUCAAUCUCUGUCACAGCAAGACCCACAGCAGCAGCUCUCUGGCCAGAUUUCAGUGCUCUCAUCUCCGUCCAACAUGCCUGAUCCAGUGACAUCCUCGGUGAAGCACCAUCGACCAGAAGACCUCAACAUCAAGCCUUUCCUUCACUCAGACUUACCCAUCCCGACCCCAUCACGUGAAGCCUCCCUCACCCAGAAAUUGGAGAUGGCUUUAGGGUCGGUGUCUCCUCUGUUAAGGGAGAUCAUGGUGGACUUUGCCCCAUUCCUAUCCAAGACGCUGGUGGGCUCCCAUGGACAAGAGCUCCUCAUGGAAGGUAAAGGACUGAUGACAUUCAAGCACAGCCAGAGUGUGGUGGAGUUGGUGAUGUUGCUGUGUUCACAAGAGUGGCAAAAUUCUCUCCAGAAACAUGCAGGUCUUGCUUUCAUUGAACUGAUUAAUGAGGGAAGACUUCUUUCACACGCCAUGAAGGACCACAUAGUGCGUGUUGCCAACGAAGCUGAGUUUAUCCUCAACAGAAUGCGAGCAGAUGAUGUGCUCAAGCAUGCUGACUUUGAGUCUUUAUGUGCUACAACGGUACUGGAAAGACGGGAAGAGGAGAAAAUGUGUGAUCAUCUUAUCACAGCUGCAAGGAGAAGAGAUAACGUUGUUGCUGCACGUAUUCUCGACAAGAUAACUAAUAUUCUAUCCAAUAAACAUGGUGCAUGGGGUAGUGCACAUCAUGCCUUGAACAAAAGUGUUCCUGCCCAGUUCUGGAAGUUAGAUUCCUGGGAAGAUGAUUCUCGGAGGAGAAAACGCUUUGUGCCAAACCCUCUCGGGUCUUCCCACCCAGAAGCGACUCUGAAGGCUGCCAUUGAACAUGGAGCACCUGAAGAUGCUAUUUUGCAGGCAAGAGAGGAAUUCCACGCUCAACUUGCAGCACAGAGACGAUCCUUGCAGCAGCCUCUGCAGUCUCCUGACCUCUUGGAUGACUCAGAGCUCACCACUGAUGAUCGUGACCUUGAUGCUGAUGUUACCGGCAUGGUGAACAUGAGCACUCGUGCAAGGUUGGUUGCGCCAGGACUUGUGGUGCCAGGAACCGUCUCCAUCACAGCGGCCGAACUGUACUUCGAAGUCGACGAAGAGGACCCCGAAUUUAGGAAAGCUGAACCAGAGGUGGUCAAGUACUGCGAACAUGUGCACGGGAAAUGGCACUUCAGCGAGGUGCGCGCCAUCUUCAGCCGGCGCUACCUCCUUCAGAACACCGCCCUCGAGAUCUUCCUCGCCUCAAGGACGUCGGUGUUCUUCGCGUUCCCCGACCAAACGACGGUCAAGCGCGUGGCCAAGGCGCUGCCCCGAGUGGGUGUGGGCAUCAAGUACGGCAUCCCGCAGACGCGAAGAGCCUCCAUGAUGUCCCCGAGGCAGCUCUUCCGCGCAUCCAACAUGACGCAGAAGUGGCAGCGCCGCGAGAUCUCCAACUUCGAGUACUUGAUGUUCCUGAACACUAUUGCAGGUCGGACCUACAAUGACCUGAACCAGUACCCGGUGUUCCCCUGGGUCCUCACCAACUUCGACACACACGAACUUGACCUUUCCCAACCGUCCAACUACAGAGACUUAUCCAAGCCCAUCGGCGCCCUGAACCCCUCGCGCCGCGCCUUCUUCGAGGAACGCUACAACUCCUGGGAACACGACCAGAUUCCUCCCUUCCACUACGGCACUCACUACUCCACCGCGGCCUUUACGCUCAACUGGCUCAUCAGACUUGAACCCUUCACCACCAUGUUCCUGGCCCUGCAAGGAGGCAAGUUCGACCACCCGAACCGCAUGUUCUCCUCAGUCGCCACAGCUUGGAAGAACUGUCAGCGAGACACUUCUGAUGUCAAGGAACUCAUCCCAGAGUUUUACUACCUACCGGAGAUGUUUGUGAACUGGAACAGGUACAAACUUGGAGCAACGGAAGAGGACGGAAUUGUUGAUGAUGUUGUUCUUCCACCUUGGGCUUCUUCACCAGAGGAGUUUAUUCGCAUCAACAGAAUGGCACUGGAGUCAGAAUUUGUAUCAUGCCAGCUCCACCAGUGGAUUGACCUCAUCUUCGGCUACAAACAGCGUGGACCCGAGGCUGUACGAGCCACCAAUGUCUUCUACUACCUCACCUACGAAGGAUCUGUAGAUUUGGAUUCUAUACAGGAUCCUGUGAUGAGGGAGGCAAUUGAGAAUCAGAUAAGAAACUUUGGACAGACACCUUCACAGCUGUUAAUGGAGCCCCAUCCACCCCGCUCCUCUGCUAUGCACUUAUCACCUCUGAUGUUCUCUGGUGUGUGCGAGGACGUGUGUAUGGUUAUGAAGUUUGUGAGCAACUCUCCCAUCUGUCAUAUCUCUGCUAAUACUUACCCUCAGCUUCCUCUUCCAUCUGUUGUCACCAUCACAAACAACCAUCAUUUCGCAAUCAAUCGCUGGAACACCAACUAUUCAGUGAAUGUACAGAGUCCCAGCUAUGCUGAAGGAAGCCAGUCACCGUCCACUCUCUUGCCUCUGUCCAUGGAUCCCGUCCUUCAACAAGCUGCAACAGGCAACAGCAGUAGCCAACAGCAGAAGCGUCACCUGGGAGACAACUUCAGUCAAAAGGUUCGCAUGAGGAGCAACUGCUUUGUUACAACAGUGGACUCAAGGUUCAUCAUUGCCUGCGGCUUUUGGGACAACAGUUUCCGUGUCUUCUCUACAGAAACAGCAAAGAUUGUGCAGAUAGUAUUUGGUCAUUAUGGUGUGGUUACGUGCCUGAGUCGCAGUGAAUGUAACAUCACCAGUGACUGCUAUGUAGCAUCAGGUGCACAUGACUGCACAGUUCUCUUGUGGCACUGGAAUGCACGGACACAGAUGAUUAUGGGUGAGGGAGAUUCACCAACACCACGAGCAACACUAACUGGACAUGAGACAGAGGUCACAGCUGUUGUUAUCUCAGCUGAGCUUGGUCUUGUUGUAUCAGGCUCAAAGGAUGGACCUGUUCUUAUUCACACCACAUCUGGAGAUUUGUUGAGGUCCUUAGAAGCACCAGAUGGUUUCCUCUCUCCUGAAAAUGUUGCCCUGUCUCGUGAGGGCUUGAUAGUCAUUAACUAUGAUCGAGGACAUGUGGGUGCUUAUACCAUGAAUGGAAAGAGACUGCGACAUGAAUCCCACAAUGAUAACAUUCAGUGCGUUAUCCUGAGCCGUGAUGGAGAAUACAUGAUGACUGGAGGAGACAAGGGUAUUGUUGAAGUGUGGCGCACUUUCUCUCUUGCCCUUCUGUAUGCCUUCCCAACCUGUGACUCUGCAAUCAGAUCUCUUGCACUUUCACAUGAUCAGAGAUUCCUGAUGGCUGGUUUAUCAACUGGAUCCAUUGUUGUGUUCCACAUUGACUUCAACCGCUGGCACCACGAGUUCCAGCAACGUUACUGAACACUUCCCUUGUGUACUUAUCAUUCCCAAUGUUGACCGCACAAGAACAGGAAACAUUGCAAAAUAGGUAGAAGAAGCAAGACCAAGAGAUUUAGAUGUAUAUUCAAAUCAAUAUGAGAAAGUUCUUGUCAUACUGAUGAUUGGUUAACCCGCUUCCAUGGUUUCCUUUGUGUCAUUACAUAUACUAUAUGUAAGUUACAUGUUACAGGUCAGAUUGACUGGAAAAAUGGAAGAUGGAAAUCUUUUUAGCAACUGUUUUUAAGAGAAUCAGAAUAGUAGUCAUUAGUCUUUUACUGAUGACUUAUACAAGAAAGUGUUUUUACUGUAACUGGAUGUUUUAAUUGCAAUGAUUGAAUAUUAAGUGGGUAAGACUGCCAAGCUUAAAUUACUAUUAAGUAUGCAAAAAGGAAAAAAUAAUUUGUCUUUUAUAUGUAGUUGCCAUCUUUUAUUUUGUGAGCACAUGAGCUUAAACUAGGUUGAUUGACUUUUCAAAUACCUUGAAGCUCAUUAGGCUUUGUGAUAGACAGACUGUACUUACAUUGAUGAAUCUUUAUUAGCAUUUUUAGCUGUAGUGUUUGGGUUUGCUAGAGAGCAUUAAUAUUAAAGAUAAAAGUUUGUCAGUUUUGGGAUUUGGUGUUACUUCCUGAUAAACAUCCUAAAUGGAUUUCAGAUAUUGAGCCUGUUCUUGUUUGCUUAAUCAUAUGAACAUCUUCACCGCAAAAAUCACAUCAUAACUUACAUAGUGGGCUCUUUCAUAUGCUACAAUGUUAGCACAUUGUAAUGGGAUUUACAGGUAAAACAUUUAGUUACCUUGUUUGUUUCAGUGUUUCUAUCUUUUCUGUCAGAGGGAAAAUCUAGUUUUAGGGAACUAGAAUAUCCAGUAAUACCAAGUGAUGAAUCUAUCGAUACGACACUCGACGACAAACAUGAAGAUGUACUUACCUUUUUUAUAAUCUGAAGAGCCUAUUAUGUAUGUCAAUAAAGCAUAUUUUUCUGUAGUGGUAGGAAAAUGUAAGUGUUAUCUGAACCAAGUUUAACACUCAUUACUGCUGGUCAUGCAUCAUAGACUAAUGAUAAAGAUUCGUUACAGCAUUUGUUACGGCAAUAAUUUUACAAGAGCCCAGGUGUUGCUUCUAGUCAGGUGUCGCUGUGCCAAAACAAGGGGUCAUUUUUUAUCAUUGCCAGAUGUUCUUAUAAGAAAUAUAGGCACCAAAAUCUAAUGAAGGCAACUGAUUAAAAUAAAGACAAGUGUAGUGUAGACUUGAAGGAAUCCAGAUACUAAACAGUUGUACUUCUUGUGGGUGAUAAAGUCAUCUUCAGUUCUUGUAAAUGGUUAUAACAGCCAUAUGCAUAAAAUAUUGAAAUAGGACUUUGAAAAGAGCUCCUCUGACUGCAAAACCACAGGUGGGUAAUAUAGUAUGAAGACUACAGUAAGGUUAAUUAGCCAUAGCACUGAAUUUGAAACACGCAAUCUUUCUAUAAACUAGCACUGAGCGAGUAUGUACCAGAAUGUUAGUGUCAGCUUUCAUAUUUUCCUUAUUUCAUACAUAAAUGCUGGUUAAAAAAAAGGACAGAUUCUUUUGUAAUAUACUUCACUAAAAGUUUCUUUUAUGCUAUUAAUAAUAUAUAUAAAUAUAUAUAUCCUUAAAUAAAAUUAAGCAGUAGAUUUCAUUAGUUAUUGCAGGUCAUGAGUAAAUAAUUGAAAUUUGAUAUUCCACAAGCUUAAUACCUUCCUUACAUAAUUUUAAAGGCAUGUGUAUUGUCUUAUUUAUGCAUUUUCAAGCUUAUGUAUUAGCCUUUCUAUGACAGAGGUGAUUCAUCCUACAGAGUUUCCCAUUGUGUAAAGCAUAUAUUAAAAAUUUAGAAAUGAGUUUUUUGUAGAAAUCACAGCUCAAGACCCCUCGGCAAGCUUGGCACUGAAACUAACCAACCAUUCCCUCCAUCAGUUGUGUUUGUGAUAGCUGCUCAGAACGUUGUAAAUAGUAAUUACCAAGCUCACUGUCCAUGUAAUAUAAAGCCAAUGUUCCACAAGUGAGGGGCAAUUCUCUUUCUAGUGGAUAUCAUGUGCUUGAGUGACUUGUAUAAAUUUAAGAAACUGCAGUUAGCAUCAAUGUUCAAUUGCUGCUGUCUUGCAGUUAUGUUGUUUGAUAUGAAUAUUUAGAAUUAGCCUAUCAUUAUUUUGGCAAGUUAUAAUAUUCAAUUGCACAUAUACCAUUUUCUUUUCUACAAAUUUGUGAUGGUAACCUUUUUUCCAUGUUCAUGGAUGUGCACUUGGAGGAAUAAUUGAUCACUAUUGAUUGUGGCAAAUAUGCGAUUCUAGUUUACUUUUGCAAGACUUGUUUCUGCUUUUAUAGUUCAAUGCACUGGCAUUGCCCUUUGGGUUGAGCAUCAUUGGUGCUUGACAAAACCUGCUUUGGUAGAGGGCAGGAGUUGUAAACCUCCAAUCGCAGCCCAAGAAAUGUUUAUCAGAGAUAUUGUAUUGGAGGAGUGUUGGUGAUUAUUGUCCAAGGUCUGUAGACAUGUAAGGGGUAUUGUGAGAAAAUUAUUUAGGCUGAUUAUUUUCUUUGGACUAGUACUGUGUCCAGUGUUUAGAGUUAAGGCGGCUAGUAUAAUUUUUACGAGAAAAUUUUAUUCAGUCACUAUUAUCUAGUGAUUCAAUGUAUAAAGUAUUAUUAAAAUUAUCUAUGGGAUGUUGUCAGUUUUGGGUAUAACUCGGCUUUCAGUGCAAAAUCAGGUUUUAUUACCAUCAAAAUGUCACUUUUUUCUUUGAUGACACUUCAUAAGGCAUAUGAUAGGCAUGAAGUCAAACCCAUCACAACCACAGUAGUGGUCUUUAAUAUAAUAACAAUGAUAAAACACAAAAUCAGACUUAAGAACUCAUUGGCUGCAAUUUCCUUUUGAGAUACACUCAGGUUAAUGUAGCAGUUUUAUUAAACUCAUUUUGAUAAUGUAAAACUGAUUGCAAUAUAGAAAGGCUUGAUUUUUUCUGUAUUUUGAUAAUUAUAUGUACAUGAGAGACAUGUGAGUGAAGACAUUAACCUGAGUACAAGCAAAAGAACCGAUGGUGUUGUGGGACAUUGACAGUCAUUGCCGCAAAGUGCCAGUCUGACAUCCUUCCUCACUCUUCAUUGUUAAAGUUAGUGUACGUAGAAAGGCCAAUAAAGGAAAUUACUAA